CUCUUCACAUGAUCGCUAAGGAUGAAGACCUGGUUUGGGACCAUGUUAUACAUGAUUUUACUCCGUUUGAAAGUGCCAUGCAAAAACUAGAGUUCAUUCCGGAGAGAGUCUGUACUGAAGGCCCCGCAACUAUAAUAACCAAUGUUUUAGCAGCACAACUGCACAAGGCUGGUGUGGACUUUGCUGGCCUGGAUAUUUAUGCCAGUCUGAGAAAUGUGUCCACAUAUCAAGAUGAGGUGAAGAACAUCUCAGUCCAUGUUCAGCUACCCAAAUCUGUCUUGGGUCCUCAAGACUAUGACAAGAUCAUACAAUUCUGCUUGAUCACGUUCCCCAACCAGACUGAGGUUCUCUACGGUCAGUUGGUGGGACUGGACAUCAGACACACACGAAUCUCAGGGCUAACUGACCGUAUCAAUAUCACAAUGAUGUUGAAUAGGCCCUCAGCCCUUCUAGAGAAGGAAAAAGUGCCACAGUGCAACUUUUAUAAUUUCACUGCAAAAGGAUAUAGCACAGAAGGCUGCUUGACGAAAUGGGAGGAGCUGGACAACCAGAUCACCUGUUCCUGCGAUCAUCUCUCCUACUUUGCUGUGUUAAUGGUGUCUUCCACCGUCUCAGUUUUGGACCGACAGGUUAUGACCUACAUCACUCUGGUGGGCUGCAGCCUGUCCCUCUUAUUCAUGAUGGUGGCACUGAUCAUUUUCAGCAGACGGAAGGCCGGCGCCGACGUUUCUCUGAAGGUUCACCUGAACCUCAUGCUGGCGCUCGUCCUGCUCAACGUCCACUUCUUGCUGUCGGGGCUGGUGGCGGCGCUGCUGCCCUUCGGCUUUUGCGUCUCCGUGGCCGCGCUCCUGCACUACUCGCUCCUCGCCGCGUUCACUUGGACGGCAAUCGAGGGCUUCCAUCUGUACUUGCUGCUGGUCCGAGUCUUCAACAUAUACAUCAGGAGGUACCUGCUCAAGCUGUGCUUGGUGGGCUGGGGGUUCCCUGCGGUCGUCGUGGCUCUGGUUGCCAUAAUCAAGAAAGAAGUUUAUCAGCGUGUGAAACUGCUGUCCGAGGACGACACCGCCGACGUCUACAUGUGUUACCUGGCAGAUAUGACGGUGAAGCUGGUGACCGUCGUGGGCUUCAUUGGCAUCAUACUCGUGUUUAACCUGGGCAUGCUGAUGGUGGUGGUCCGGCACGUAUGCAGACGCCGCGUUGGUUUCGGCCCGGCUGAGAAGAGCGAGGCCCGGAGGAGAUGUUGCAGCCUUUUGGGUAUCACCAGUGUGCUGGGCAUCACCUGGUGCCUGCCGUUCUCCUGCAUCAGAGACACUACCUGCUCGCUGCCUGUGCUGUACCUCUUCUGCAUCUUUAACUCACUGCAGGGGUUCUUCAUCUGUGUCUGGCUGUUUGUCUCCAAGCGGAAGGCUGGCCAGAUGCCCCAAAGCAAUGACGGCCAGACCUUCAAGACCCCCUCUCUAAUGGCAGAUCAAAAAUCACAGGGCCAAUCUAUGCAAGAGUAGAUUAUCAACAAUGACUGUAAUAACAGCAUAUUGUGAUUUAAAAAGAGCCUCCUUCCACGGUUUAUUGUGGAUCAAAC